GUCCUUGGCGCUUUCGCCAUUUUUAAAAGGAGCGAUCCCGACGAUCAGCCGUUGCAGCUCGCAGUUUGCAGCUUGCGGCCCGUUUGUCCGUGGUUGUCCGUCGCUGUUGUCGUACGCCAUUGAUGGCGAUUGUGAAUGUUGCAAUUGCAACGGUGGUGGGACCGAUGGUAGGAGGGUGAUAAAGUGCGCGCGUAAGGUAAGAUAAGGCGAAGGCAAAGGCGAAGGCAAAGGCAAAGGCGAAGGCGAAGGCGAAGGCGAAGGCGAAGGCAAAGGCGAAGGCGAAAGCAAAGGCAAAGGCAAAGGCAAAGGCAAAGGCGAAGGCGAAGGCGAACACGAAGGAGUGCAUAGUGCUCGCGACAUUGGGUUCAUUCGUCGUGAUUUCAGCUUCUCGUUCGGUGCAGACUCGACGAAAAAGUCGGCGCCGCGAGAUCCUGGUUUGGCUCAUGGGCGUGUUUUUCCUCGUCGUCGACUCGUAAAGGAGACCUGUAGAAAUUUCGUGUGGUACGCGCGAUAUUUAUGAUGUAAACAGUAGAAGACAGACAGAGAAGAAUCUCUCGCGCGAUCGAGCGUGAUAAGGCGAUAAAUCGUCGUUGAGGGUUCGGAAUCCUCCUCGAGAGGCGAGAGCGAGUUACCUUGACGAGUAUCGUUACGCAUUCUCGUCUCGUCUCGUCUCGUCCAGUCCAACAAUCGAAAAUAGAAACAAACAUGUCGAGCGUGCCGCAAAUGUCUAGCGGACUCAGCAAGCUGAAGAAGAAACAUUUCCGAGUGAAACACCAAAAGGUUAAGCUGUUUCGCGCAAACGAGCCGCUCCUCAGCGUGUUUAUGUGGGGUGUUAAUCAUACGAUAAACGAACUUAGUCACGUUAACAUUCCAGUAAUGCUCUUGCCAGAUGAUUUUAGAGCUUACAGCAAGUUGAAAGUGGAUAAUCAUCUUUUCAACAAAGAAAACAUGCCCUCCCACUUCAAAAUAAAAGAAUACUGUCCAUUAGUCUUUAGAAAUUUGCGAGAGAGAUUUGGAAUAGACGACUUAGAUUACAAGGAAUCAAUGACAAGAUGUCGGGCGUUUAAUCCUUCGCGAGCAAAGCAGCAUUCGGAUUUGGUUGAAGGAAUAGGCAGAAGGAUUCGUCAAUUGGUUCAACGCUCCGCCACCACUCCAACGAUUACCCUUUACCCUCCUUCUGCCUCCUCGCACAAUACAAUUUUAAAUAAACCACUGCGUACCUGCAGUUUUAAACCAAAACGUCUGAGAUCACAGCCAGUACUUGAUGAUUCAUCGGGAAAAAGUGGUGCAAAGUUUUAUCAAUCUUACGACAAACUGUUUAUAAUUAAAACGUUGACGAGCGAGGAAGUGGAGAGGAUGCACUCGUUCUUGAAGCAUUAUCAUCCUUAUAUUGUCGAGCGACAUGGAAAGACAUUAUUGCCGCAAUAUCUGGGAAUGUACCGAUUGACCGUUGAUGGCGUCGAGCAUUAUGUGGUCGCAAUAAGAAAUGUAUUUUCGAAUCAUUUGACAACGCACAAGAAGUUUGAUCUAAAAGGGUCGACAGUGGAUCGAGAAGCGUCUGAUAAGGAAAAGGAAAAGGAUCUUCCUACUUAUAAGGAUAAUGAUUUCGUGAAGGAGGGAAUGAAGAUUUAUAUUGGGGAAGAGGCCAAAGCUAAGCUAAUAGAAACGUUAACCGCUGAUGUAGACUUCUUGACGAGAUUACACUUGAUGGAUUACUCUCUACUACUGGGUUUGCACGAUUGCGCGCGCGCUGAACAAGAAUCGAAAGAACGCGCGGAAAGAGAGGAUGAUGAAGAUAAUCAUGAAGAGGAAGAUGAUAGCGAGUCCGGUAGUGGGUUAGAAUCUCGAGGCCCAAUGGGAGACCGUUUGUGGAGUUGGAGCGGCGUGGGCCAUGCAAUUACUAGCAUGGCAACGCCUCCCGAGUCACCACAUGCCGCAUUAAUGCGCGACACUAGUUUACAAUACGAAGAUGCGAUAAUACCUGAAUUAGAUAUUUAUGCCAUUCCUAGCAAAGAAGGUGCUCCCGCAAAAGAGAUCUAUUUCUUGGCCAUAAUAGACGUGCUUACGCAUUACGGCGUACGUAAACAAGCGGCAAAAGCGGCUAAAACCGUCAAAUAUGGUGCUAAUGUCGACGGUAUAUCCACCUGUGAUCCAGAACAAUAUGGCAAACGAUUCAUAGAGUUCAUGAGUAAAGCCAUAGAGUAAAAGGUAUUAUACUCAUUUUAAGAAAUGAUGAAAUUACAAUGAUAUUAUGAUGUGUACUAUGUCGGAGUGAAGUCGCGUUUAUUAUAACGAAAGAGAGAGUCAUAGGGAUUGAUUAUUUCUGCAGUCUCCGUUCAUUUUACUUGUUGGCACCGAUUAUUAUCUCAAAUAGUGCUUUCACUCACAAUUCAUGCACGAUCAAACACAGAAACGCAUCGUUUAUUUUGCGAGCGUGUUUAAGUAAGCGUAUGUUUCGCAGAUAUACUAUACUUUUGUCAGACUCGUUUAUUGUUAUUCUACAAACAGCGAGUCUCGAUUAUCUCGAUCGAUUAUUAUUUACUGUAUCUUUACUCGAUAUUUGUCCACCAAUCAUCGUUUUGAUCGAAAUUUUCUCAAAUUAUACGCUUGAAAUUUUUCUACAUCAUUUCCAAAAGAUAAAAUGUUUGAUCGUACAAAGGAUUAUUAUACGUACACGUAUUUGCAAUCUCGUGCAAAGAAUUUACAUCACUAAACGAAUAAUACCUCCUCUUUUCUCUACCUCCUGUUCUUUUCGCGCACGUGAUUCAAAGAAUAAAAGAUGUAUUAUUCAACGAUUUUAAAUCGUUUAGUAAAUCGCAUUAGAAAUGGAAAAUUAAUUAUUCAUUAAAGUAUAUAAAAAUUGGAACAAACACACAAUGUUAUUUACAGAUUGAGAAGUUAUUAAAAAAUUUCAAGUUGCGUCAAUGUUUGUUAAUAGCCAUAUUUCGUGCAAAUAUAUCAACAACAAUUCAUUUUUCGGCCAAUUAAUUAACGAUUUAUAACAAAAUAGCUAGCUUGAUGUUAAUAUUGCGAUAAAUCUUGAUGCAGCACUAAUGGCGUUUAUAAAUUAUAGAACUGCCCGAGUUUGCCUAAUAGUUUCAUUUAAUAAAAUAUAAUUUUAAUAGCUAUCAAUAUUUGCUGUUUUGCUAAAGUAAUCAAUAGAGAUAUACAUAUAUACUUGGUGUAAUGCCGAUGGCAAUGUAUUAUAUAUGCGGAUACACACCACACUCACGCACGCACGCGUCGUGUAUGUAUAUACGCAUGCAUCAUCUACAAUCAUCACGACUAACAUUAUUUCGGACUAAAGUGAGACCUAAAUGUGUGUCUAUUGUUCCUUUUAAAUAAAUACAGAUAGAGACGUACUUAAACCUCGCUUAAAGGCAAAAUAACGAUGCAAUCGGGUUUGAAAGAAUUGGAAAAAAAUUAUUGAGCAAUUAAUUUAUAUGUAUUAAAAAAAUGAUGAAAGAAAUAAUGCAUAUUGUUGAAUAUAAGACAAUACUUUUAAAUAAUCUAUUUUAUACAUGUGUGUAUGCGUGCGUGUGUGUUGUAUGUAUGUAAGUAAAUAUAGUUUGUUAGAAUCGACUAUGUAAUGCGCACGCACGAUUAAUUUUCCAGUAAUCAAUAUAUUUCUCUAGUCUUGAUAUAACUUUAUAUAUUUUAACACGUUUUUUAUUAUAUGUCGGGACUAUUAUGCAGGUACGAUAGAUGAAAGGAGGAGGAGGAGGAGGUAUACAUUUAUAUUUGGAAAAUAGGCUUUUAUAUGAUUGUCAAUUAUAUUAUCAAGGUAAUGUAAUUAAAACUUGUCUCAACAAUUAAAGUUUUUUAGAUGCAAUAGCAUUCUAGCGAAUGAAAAAUUACAUUCAUCUAUUAGCAUGUUUCUUGGGAUACAACGAUAAAUUUUUAUUCAUAUUCAAAUAAAUUAAUUUUAUCGGUGCGCAAAAUAUUUGUGCAGCUUUGUUACAUGUGUAAGAUAAUAUUGCAGUCUUUUUUAUUUUUUUGUUUUCUUUAGCUUAUCAUUUCGACGUGUAUAAUGUUCAUCUUCCACCCUGUAUGUAUUAGUAUUAUAAUAUAAUAUAAUAUAAUAUAAGAGUAAUUUGGAACAAAAGCGUCAAAUGUUAUUCUAUAGCUUGAAAGUAAAACAAAAUAAAUCGUUAUUUAUAAUAUGUAAAAUAUUUAGCCUUUUACCUCCGAGAUAAUAUCAGUUACACGUCAAUUCCAAAGUAUCGAUCAAUGUUAAAGAAACUAAAAAGAAAACUCAAGUAUAUCUGUUAAAUAAAUUAUGAGAAACGUAUACAUAUAGUAAACAAAACAAUGUCAAUUUUUCGGUUAUUUAACAAAUUAAUAAACUUUAUAGUACAUAGGGAAACAUUUAGCAAUGUGCAAAGGACUUAUGUAGAUGCUAAACUAUUUUCCAGGUUUGUCUGUCCAUUACAUCGUUUUGCUGCAAUUGGAGAUAUCUGCUUUAGACAUUCUAUAUCGUUAAAUACAAUCUGUGCUCCUCCUCCACACGUUGGCAAUAUAUCAGCCUAAAAUAUACAAGGAUACAAUGUAUACUGUAUCUCUAAGAAAAUAACGUAGCAGAGUUUAUACCUUAUAUAAUUUGGUUUCGAGUUCACCGUCCGUGUCUUGUUCUUGCGCAUAGAGACAGUAUUUGGCAGAUUUGGUCGCAAAGUUGUUUGGAUUUGUCAAUUUCCGGAUGAUUCGUUUAUGAAACUGCAUUUGUGGCUGAAAGAUUGUACCAGUUGGAACCAUUCCAACGGGACGAUGAUUUAUCCAUCUAUCUACAUUUUGCGAUCGCCCGUAUCUCGGAUUCACUACUGGAAUCUUAUCAAUGAUGAAAUACAUUAUUCACACAUAUCGAGCCAGCGCACUUUUGACGGAAUGUGAUGGAGAAACAGUGCGCGUAGUUCGAAUUAAUUCUUCCGGGAUGUCAGUUUGCGAACUCGAAAGUUCUUUCUUGGAUGUCAUCGGGAUUGAUUCUUUUGCGAUUUUUCCCUGAAUAUCAUUGAGAUUGAUUCCUGUAUGGAAAGCAAUAUCCCCUGGCUGAGAUGACCUUUGGGAAUUUGAGAGAAUCAAUGGACCGUGGACCACGGCAGGUUCUUCUUUGGACAUUAUCGGUAUCGAUUCCCCUGCAUUCUCCGUUUUUACAUUCGAAGCCACUGUCGGUGCCACUAGUACAGCAUCAGACAUACUUUCAUCAGUGGACAUCAAUAUUUGUUUCAUCAAUUUUAACUUGUCAUCUUUUUUUUUUAUGUAGCUCUAAAAAUAUUUCAAUGCUCCAAAAUUGAAAGAAAUAACUGCGGAUUAUCUUGAAGAAAUAAUAAACACACAUUGUAAAUGUAUGUUUGUAAAUUAAAGUAUACCGUUAAUCGUU